AUGAGCGACUUUCGUUUGAAAACAACAGUAGAUCCCAAAGUCCUCCACCAGGUGUUCCUAGUGUGCGGCUCCGAAUGGGGCCAGCCCGAUCCAGAAGGUUUUGCCACGUUUCAGGCGAAACAACUUGUGGAUGCCAUUUUGAAGGGCAGAGCUGCUAAGGCGUUUUACUUAGAAUCCAAGGACGGCGAGAUUGCCUCUGUGUGUGUGGUCACGCAACACAAGGCUUUUUACAAAGACGGCGCCGCCGGAGGAAUCGGUGUUCCAGAUCCAGCGUCUUUUGGUAUUGAGUUUUGUGUUUACGUUGGCGAAGUUCAGGGCCUCAAAUUGAUGGAGAAGCUCGUCCGGAAGGCAAUUGCCGUCACCGAGGAGGAGGUGUUGAAGAAGGAGCUCGAGAAGCUGUCGGACAAAAAGGGGUCCUUCAGGAGCAUGGUCACGGAUCUGGAGGGCCGUGUGGACGAGCAGUUGGCCACGUACUACCUCGGCAAGAAGUACGUCUGGUACCUCUACUCGGCGAUCAAGACGGCGUACUCGAAGUUCGGCUUUAAGGCGUACCCUGUUGACGGCUACAUUGUGCCCCUGGCUGUUUUGGAUAGUGAGGCUGCCGAGGCCGUCAAGAAGCUCCUCGGAGGCAAGGGCACAGACGCGUCGGUCCCAGGCAAAAAAUUGACCCUUUUGGACGGCUCGAAGCAGCAGGACGUGCACUUGAUCUCGCUGAUUUUGCAGCUGAAGGAAUUAGAGCUCUUGACCGACCUCAACAAGACCCUUUUCCACCUGGAGUUGGCUGGCGGGCGCAGGUCGCUGUCGUCGCUCACGAACGUGCAAACGGCGCUUUCUCUGACCCGGUUGGGCUCUCAAAACGAGCUUUCUGCUGUAGCAGAGAAGUUUGGCGGUGCUCAGAUCGACCCAACCUCGCCCAAGCAGUCUGGCGUGAAAAAGAAGUCGUCCGUGCAAAAUUUGGCCAUGCCCAAGUUCUUUUUGCAGCCCGAGGAGGCCAACUUGCGGAAACAGCACGCCUCUGAUGUGCCUAGAACGAAGAAGCAGGGCGGAGAAGAGUACUACGGCCACAUCAAGGGCGCCAUUCUCACCAACGAGUUGCAGCAGAAGAGCUACUAUGUGUUGUGGUCGCAGAUCAUGGACGGCAAGCUCUUUAUUGUUGGUCUGGGCGAAUUAAAGGUGGACCCCUUCGGCGUGCUCUCCGACCCUACACGUGUGGAGGACCAAUUUGGACGUAGAAGAUCGUCCUUCACCGGCCUCAACGACUUGGGCGGCUUCAACUUCCUGGACUUGGAGCUUUUGGUCAGCACGGCCGUGCUUGUGGGUAAGAAACGUAGCCCUGAGCUCGAACGGAUCUACGUCACAUCCCAGGGCUUGCCAGACACCGUUCCCGCCGAGGUGUUGUACGAUUUCUUCAUCAACUACUUGCCCCGGACGGUGCCUAAUGUUGUGAAGAAGGAGGACGACGGAGCCAAGGAGUCCAACACCGUGGAGUAUGUGGAGGAUUUUGCCGGCGACCAGCACCUUUUGCCCAUGGCCAAGCGGUUUGGUAUCGAGUCCCCUGAAUUUGAGCUUGACUGGAUUGCCAGCGGCAGUCUCAUCACCUGGGGAUGA